GCAGUUUUAUUUUUAUUUUUUGCAGACAAGACCUUGUAGCUUUUAUUUUGUAUACUGGAUUUCAGUAGUCUACAAAAGGGUUCUGGAAUCGGAGAUAGUUUGCGUAGUGGCCGAAUUUCAUUGAUGGUUAGAGGUGGGAUUGGGAAGAUUUAGUUGGGGUAGCUUAAGGUGGGAUAUCUUUGAAGGCAAAGCGGUAUAGAAGUUGAACAGCCCGAUGGUCUGGCUGUUGGGGUCUUGCUUCGUUACAACUUUUGCAACGAUAUUUGAAGAUAAGCAUCUAUUAUAUGCUUCUUGAGCUACUGUAGAUAUUUGGAAUUCUUUGGCGAAAUCCCCGUUCCAAUAGUAUGCUGCAAAUGAUUGUCUUUGUUUUGAGGUUCUUUGUGUGGGGUUCUCGAAUUGGGAACUGGUGAGCUGUUUGAUAGAAUAUCGUGAGUGAUGAGAAUUUUGUUGGUUUUCCUCCUUCUGGAGUAAGGUGAGAGACGAUACCGUAAGCACUAUGAAAUUUAGAACUUUGGCUUGAGCCUGGAGGAUCCUAGUCAUCUGAUAUGGGUUGCAUCAAGACUGUCGUUUGGUUUAGGAGGGACCUCAGAAUAGAGGAUAAUCCCGCCUUAGCUGCAGCUGCUAGGGAUGGUUCUGUUUUUCCUGUCUAUAUAUGGUGCCCUAAAGAGGAAGGACAAUUUUAUCCAGGCCGAGUUUCAAGGUGGUGGCUUAAGCAAUCUCUUGCCCACUUGGAACGGUCCCUGAAGUCCCUUGGGGCUGAGCUUAUGCUGAUCAAAACUGACAGUACUCUUGCCAGUCUUUUCGAGUGCAUCAAAGCAGUUGGGGCCACAAAAGUAGUAUUCAACCAUCUUUAUGAUCCUGUAUCACUUGUUCGAGAUCACAACAUUAAGGAAAAACUGGUGGAGCUUGGAAUUUCUGUGCAAAGCUAUACUGGCGACUUGUUGUAUGAGCCAUGGGAAGUAUACGAUGAAAGUGGUCAAGCUUUUACAACCUUUGACGCAUAUUGGAAUAAAUGUUUGCACUUGCAAAUAGAACCUGUUUCACUUCUUCCUCCAUGGAAAUUAGUUCCAGCUACAGGAACUGUUAAAAAGUGUUCAAUCAGGGAAUUGGGUCUCGAGGAGGAAUCAGAAAAAUCUAGCAAUGCCUUGUUAGGAAGAGCAUGGUUUCCAGGUUGGAGCAAUGCUGAUAAGGCUCUAACUGAAUUUGUGGAGCAGCAUCUGCUUGAAUAUUCUAAGAAUAGACUAAGGGUUGAGGGGAACUCCACAUCACUUUUGUCCCCAUAUCUUCAUCAUGGAGAACUAAGUGUGCGGAAAGUUUUCCAAUAUGUGCGAAUGAAACAGGUACUAUGGACAAAAGAAGGGAACUCUUUGGGGGAAGACAGUGUGACUCUUUUCCUCAAGGCAAUCGGGCUUAGAGAAUACUCCCGUUAUCUUUGUUUCAACUUCCUCUUCACUCAUAAGAGGUCAUUACUGAGCAACUUGAAAUUUUUCCCUUGGCACGCUGACCAAGCCCAUUUUAAGGCUUGGAGGCAGGGUCGAACUGGCUACCCAUUAGUUGAUGCAGGAAUGAGAGAACUUUGGGCAACUGGAUGGAUACAUAAUCAAGUAAGAGUGAUUGUUUCAAGUUUUGCAGUGAAAGUUUUACUUCUUCCAUGGAAAUGGGGGAUGAAGUAUUUCUGGGACACACUUCUGGAUGCAGAUAUAGAAAGUGAUAUCCUUGGUUGGCAGUAUAUAUCUGGGAGCUUACCGGAUGGCCAUGAACUUGAGCGACUGGACAGCCCAGAGAUUCAAGGCUCAAAAUUCGAUCCGGAGGGUGAAUAUGUGAGGCAUUGGCUGCCUGAGCUAGCACGGAUGCCGACUGAGUGGAUUCAUCAUCCUUGGGAUGCACCAUGUUCUGUACUGAAAGCUUCAGGGGUGGACUUGGGAUUAAACUAUCCAAAACCAAUAAUUGGGUUGGAUUUGGCUAGAGAACGUUUGACUGAAGCUAUAUUCAAGAUGUGGGAAAUAGAAGCAGCUGCUAGGGUCUCAAACACAAGUGGUGCAAAUGAAGUAGUUGUUGAUAACUCUGAUGGCACUGAAAAUUUAGCCAUUUCAACGGUUGCCUUGAAGAUAAAUGCUCCUUGUCCUACUGUUUCAUCAAAUGAUCAACGGGUGCCAACGAUUCAAAAUUCCAAGAAGCAUCCACUCAAUAGGAAGAGAUCAAAAUAUGUGGUAGAGGAAAAGCCACUCCCAGAUUUUUCACACAAGCUUAACAAUGGUGCUGGGACCCCAAGAAUAGAUGAAGAUGUAUGCUCUACGGCUGAAUCUUCAUCAGUUAAGAAGCAAAGUACCAGCCGAAAUUCUUUUUCCGUUCCUCAGUUGUGUUUUUCAUCUGAAGGUAAGUCUUUUCCAGAGUACGAAUGUUCUGACUUGAAGUGGCCACGGCAAGAGCAGAUUGACAUGGAGCAGAGUCCAAGCGGAGAAGGAGCUAUUGGAGGUUAAUUCCUUUCACAUUCCUAAUAUUCAUGAGGGGCAACUGUUAUGUUAACCAAGAAAAAUGUUUGUUAUGUAUGGGAGUGUGAUGUUCCUUCCCUGUAUGAAUAUUAUGUAAUCCUUGACUUUUCUUGAUGAAACUGUAGGGUUUGAAAUCUGUUGGUUAAAGAAUAGGCUUUAAAUAUUUAGCCAUCUGUUUUGAAA